CGCUUGUGCCUUAAGUGAAUAUUUCAUUUUUUUGUAAACCUCUAAAAAUUUAGCAUUUUGAAGCUGCUAAGAAAAAUGUCCAUGUCUUCCAACUGCAACGAAGCAGAGGUCUUAUCCUGCAGUGAGCUGCUGGACUACUGUGACUUGAGAUUUCCUGAUGAAGACUUGAACGGGUCUGCGGAUCCCACACCCCAGAGCACCUUAAAAGCAGGAUUGGAUGGCGAUAUGAGAAAGAAGUACACAUUUGCAAAAAAAAAGGCAUUUGCUCUUUUUGUUAAAGAACUGCAGUCAACCAGUGAUUCACCUCAGACCAGACAAGAAGACGUGAGUCGGUGGAGAUGUUGUGGACAAGAGUUUACAGACCUCAGAAGUGUUCACAAGCACGUGGCUGCAUUUCAUGCAAACGAAGUUUGGAAAAGGACACAAAGCAUUUUAGAAGAACUUGCCAUAGCUGCUGCAACCACUGUGCCAUGCUCUGACCUCAAUGAUAACACUGGUGCCUCAGCCAAAAUGUCCUGGAAUCACUGUCAAGUUUCCGACUGGUUACCAGAUACAAGCCACUACAAGAAAGAAGCGCUAACAAGCGGACAGACUAGUGCUGAACCAGGCGAAGUACUUUUAUAUUACUGCUACUGUGAUGUGAAUGACCCACAUUGGAUCUGUGACUGGCAACGAAGUUUGUGCCAACUGCUGCAUCUCACAGGAAAAAUCCGCAUAGCUACAGAGGGAAUAAACGGUACAGUAGGAGGAAGCAAAAUCUCCACCAAUAUUUACAUCAACACUAUGCUUUCACACCCUCUGUUUAAGGACAGCAUGUUCCGGGCAGAUUUCAAGACCAGUGAAGGGGGUGCACAUUGUUUCCCUGACCUUCGUGUUGGAGUUUUUCAAGAAAUCGUGCCAAUGGGUGUUGAUCCCCACAUAGUCAGCUAUAAAGAAACAGCUAUACACCUUUCUCCAGAGAGGUUUCAUAAAAGGGUGGAACAGUAUUUGUCUGCAUCCCUUCAGGAACACAAGGACACUAUUUUGCUAGAUUGCCGGAACUUUUAUGAAAGCAAAAUUGGACAGUUUCAGAACUGCCUGGCUCCAGACAUCAGGAAAUUUAGCUACUUCCCAGACUACGUUGAUCAAAAUCUCAACUUAUUUAAGGAUAAGACUGUGUUAAUGUACUGUACAGGAGGAAUUCGCUGUGAACGUGGUUCAGCUUACCUCAGAUCAAAGGCUGUUUGUAGAGAAGUAUACCAGCUGAAGGGGGGCAUCCAUAAAUACCUGGAACAGUUCCCAAAUGGCUUUUUCAGGGGAAAGUUGUUUGUUUUUGAUGGGAGAUAUACCAUUUCUUCUAAUGAUGACAUCAUAUCAAGUUGUCGUUAUUGUGGUACGUCUUGGGACAAAUACAAGUUGUGCUCUACUCAUUACUGCUGUCAGUUGGUGCUGACCUGCUCAAAGUGUCAGGAGCAAGGGCUCACUGCCUGCUGUCAUACAUGCCAGGAGAAAGGGCUCCACAUUCAGUGUGACCAAAACCAGCAGCAUUUUAAAGAAGAAUGUGAAUGUACACAAAAAAGGCCUAAGAUUCCAAAAGAAACUCUUUAGACUGAACUGCCUUUUACCGAUAUGUUUAAUCCAGGGGUUUUUAUUACAAAAUAAUACUUUUAGUGAUGGAAUUGCACAACCUCUAUAUGCAGCUUGGUGAAUUUCAAUAUUGGUAAUACUAUUCCUAAAAAAUAUAACAAGAUCAAAUGGAGAUAUAAUUCUGUAUUGUUCAUGAAGGCCCAUUUGUUCUGCAUUUGGAAGAAGUAACACAAGUGCUUUU